AUGACUGAACUGUCGAGGGCAGAGCUAGACGGGAUCUAUGCGUUUGCGGUGGAGCUGGGGAAGCAGGCGGGCAAGAUGCUCAUGGAUGCCGCCCAAGGGAGGAUCAAUGCCGAAAACGCGUCUACAGAAGAAAAAGAACACACACAAAAAGAAAAUGAAGUAGACCUAGUAACCGAAACCGACAAAAACGUGGAAUUAUUCAUCAAAAACAAAAUCAAAGAAAGAUAUCCCUCCCACAACUUCAUCGGCGAAGAAUCCUACUGCGCAACCUCCUCCCGCAACUACCUAAUCGACAACGCACCAACAUGGUGUGUCGACCCCCUCGACGGAACUGUGAACUACAUCCACCUCUUUCCCACCUUUUGCGUCAGCAUCGCCUUCCUGCACAACGGCAAGCCCCUCAUCGGCGUCAUACACGCUCCCUUCAUAAACCAGCUCUUCACCUCCUGCGCCGGUCGCGGUGCCUUCUUAAACGAAUCCAUGCGACUCCCUCUAAUCCAGAAACCCAGUGUACCACCCAUGCCUGCCUCUGCGCCAGCCGGAUGCGUAUUCGCGUGCGAGUGGGGCAAGGAUAGACGCGAUUUUCCCGACGGGAAUAUGUAUCGCAAGGUUGAGAGUUUCCUCAAUAUGGCGGCGGAACUGGGGGGCAGGGACGGCAAGGGUGGCAUGGUGCAUGGUGUUAGGAGUUUGGGGAGCGCGACACUGGAUUUGGCAUACGUGGCUAUGGGUGCUGUGGAUAUUUGGUGGGAGGGUGGGUGCUGGGAGUGGGAUGUUGCGGCGGGUAUUGCAAUUUUACAGGAGGCGAAUGGACUGGUUACUACGGCAAAUCCGCCUGAGGAUUGGGCGCACGCGCCAAUUGAGGAAGUGAGGUUGGGGAGCCGGUUGUAUUUGGCUAUUCGGCCCGCGGGACCAUCCGCCACGGAGACGGGACGUGAGAGUCAGGAAAGAACUGUGCGGGAGGUUUGGAGAAGAGUACGCAACCUAGACUACUCGCGACCAGGAGCAUAG